AUGAAGCUCCGCAGCUCGCGCCGUGUCGUAGGCCUCAGACCAGACGACUUUGACCAUGAAAUCACUCUUGUCGACAAUGACGGCACAGUUUCUCCCCACAAUGGCCACCACUAUGCCCAGAUAGACAGGACCACAACCACGUCCAACCUCCUGACGCCAAACCCCAGCACCCGAAGAAGCAGCCGCGCCCAUGGUAGUGUCGAUGCGUCGAAUGCCUCUACUAGGCGCCCCAGUCCCAGCGGCAGUAGCCAUGUCAUACUCGAGCAACCAGACGAGCAAGAAAACCAGCCCCCUCUGCAGCUCUCGCCCUCUCAGCCUCAGCCUCAGCCUCAGCCCUCCAUUGCAGUAUCCGGUGCAACCCCGAUGCCGGAACCCCUGCAGUACUCCAUCACCAAGACGACAGUCGACAAUCGAGAGUCUGAGAUUGACAUUCUUUACGAAAACGAGCGAGGCGGCUUUUUAUGCUGCGCUGCUUUGUUUUCCUCGGAACUUCUAGGUUGCCUCGACCCGCCACCCUGGACAAACAAAUUCCACAAGACUUCCCCGACAGACAUCAACACCGCUGUUGUCCCGGACCCGACCUGGGAGUGGGCUUGGCCGGAAUGGCGUGUGAACCAUCAAGAAGGAGUCGACGAGUUUGGAUGGGAAUAUUCAUUUGCAUUCUCAGGCGCAUUUUCCUGGCAUGAUGCCAAGUGGUGGAAUUCUUUUGUCAGACGGAGAGCCUGGAUACGAAGAAGAGUAAAGAAGCGUUGUGACCACAAGGCCGAUGAGCCUCAUCUCCUCACCACCGACUACUUUUCUGUACGCCCAGCUUCCGACCGCACGAGAACCACUACGGGCAGCCUGGUUAGCCGCGUUCCCAGCCGCGCAAGUACGGCGCAAGCGUCUACUGUCGACUUUGCUCAAGAGGAGCCCGAUAUUCUUGACCUCCCGACGUUGAUGCGCACCCUUCGCUUCUGUCUUAUUGAUCGCGAGAAGAGAGAAGCAGUAGAAAACUAUCUGGAGCACGCCCAAGAUCUCCCCGCCAUGCAGAGAAGCAUGCAUGACAUCAUGGGGCACUUCGUCUUUCAAGAAUCUCGCAGGCUCUUUCUAUGCUAUCUUGUCGCCAAAUACAAUGAAGCCGCCAAGGACGCCCAGGCAGAGCCCACGCCAGCCACGAAAAAUCGAAAAGACGCGCUGAAUGCAGCCCUCCGGCAUGCGGACCAGGAAGUCCGUAAGCUAGCCUACUGGAGCGACGUCAAGCACAUGGUAGCCUCGGGUGAAAUGAGGCUCCAGUUGGAAGAUGACCGCCAUCAGUUCUAUGAGACUUUUCAAGGCAUCGAUCAGAGUGGUCCUGCGCCACCUAACGGAGGGGACCUCCCAGGCAGAUCAUGA